GGUUGCUGAGAAAAAAGCAGAGUGCGGGAAAAUGGAAGUUGAUUGAAUUUGAUUUUCCCGACAGAUUUUAUCACGAUUCUCUUCUUUUUGUUUUGGGAUCUAGUGCUCGAAAACUUUUUCGCAACUUUUCUAUAAAAAUUAUUCUACUGGGUCCCGACGAUUCGAUAAUUUCAAUCAUAUUCGUAAUCGAUUAGUAAAGUUUUUGUUUCUGAGAUUUUCUCAGCAACCAAACAGCCGGUCAGUCACUAAUAUACACGAUCAUAUACGCAUACAGAUACAUCAUACGUGUUUCUAAUUUCUAAAUAUUUACAUUGUUACAUUUGUAUGCAGUAACAAUGAACACGCAGCUGUUGGAGAUUCAACCAAACGAAUUGAAGUUCUUGUUUGAAUUGAAGAAGCAAAGCUCAUGCUCGAUUCGGCUUACCAACCUGACCGACAGCUAUGUUGCUUUUAAGGUUAAGACUACGUCCCCUAAGAAAUACUGUGUCCGCCCAAAUGUUGGUGUUGUCUUACCGAAAUCAACUUCUGAGUUUUCGGUUACAAUGCAAGCACCACAAACUGGUAUGGUAGAUAUGGAAUGCAAAGAUAAGUUUUUAAUCCAGAGCACGAUUGUUUCUUCUCGGACAACUGAUGAGGAUAUUACCGCUAGCAUGUUUUCUAAAGACGGUGGCAAGUACAUUGAAGAGAAAAAGCUAAGAGUAACCCUCUUUAGUCCACCCAAUUCCCCAAUGCUGUCACCAAUGAAGGUAGACUUGAAGCAGGGGCUCGGCUAUGAACAUUCAGUUCUAAAAGAUCAAUUUGGUGGAGUUGAAAUCCUCCCUUCGCUGAACCAGGUUACUAAGGAUGUGAAGUUUGCGGCUACUAAUGAGAUGCGAAAGCCAUCAACGGAUACUCAUGAGAAGCCAAAACCAUCAAAGGAUGUAGAGUUGAAACCAGGAAAAGACUUUGAAUUGAAACCAGAAAAAGAUUUUGAGUUGAAACCAGAAAAAGAUGUGGAGUUGAAGCCAGCAAAAUAUGAGGCAUUGGAACCAGAAAAAGAGGCUGAGUUGAAACCAGUAAAAGAUGUGGAACUAAAAUCAGCAAAGGAUGUGGAGUUGAAACCAGUAAAAGAUGUGGAACUAAAAUCAGCAAAGGAUGUGGAGUUGAAACCCGAAAAAGAGGUCGAGUUGAAACCCGAAAAAGAGGUCGAGUUGAAACCCGAAAAAGAGGCGGAGUUGAAACCUGUAAAUGACGUGGAACUAAAAUCAGCAAAGGAUGUGGAGUUGAAACCGCCAAACGUUACGGAGUUGAAACUAGAAAAAGAUGUGGAGUUGAAUGCAACAAAGAUUGUGGAAGAUUUGAAGUUAGUGAAGGAUAUCCAAGAGAUGAAAUCAAAGCUAAAUGCACUUGAAUUAAAGCUGAGCCAGGCUGAAGUUACUAUUUCAAAGCUAACAGAGGAGAGGAGUUCAAGCAUUCAAGAGACGAGAAAUAUACAGCAGCAAUUAGCACAACUGGGUAUAAGAGGUGUGGAUGUGAAAGUAGUCCAAGUCGGAUUUCCUCUCCUCUUUGUUUGUAUGGUGGCGAUCAUGAGCGUUGCUAUCGGAUACUGUAUACACCCUUGAAGAACAUGUGCAUGAAGCUAGAACCAUCGGUGCCAGUUAGAUGUGUACAGAUGAAGUUUAUAGGGGACAGUCUAGCCAAAUUUAAUCACAGUAGAGACAUUAGAUACACACAUUUUCUUGUUUCCGAUAAGGUAUGUACUUGUUUUCAAGGCAUGGUGUUUUGAAGGAACUACCUUUACCCUUAAAGAAUUUAAAACAUUAAAAAAUAAAAUAGAUUAGGGUGCGUGGGGAGCAAAGUUUUCUGAACUUUAUGCCAUGUUUAGUUUCUGUCCAUGAACUCUCAUAUUAGUUUUCUUCGUCCUUAAACUUAAACUUUGCGUUGUA